AGGUGCUAGAGUAGCCAGCACCGGUAUGUUAUCAGUUCAUGUUUGAGGUUGUACGAUACGGUUUAAACGAUAUAAUUUGACAGAUACUAAUUUAGUUUUUCAAAAAAUCAUUUUAAAUUUGUGCAAAAAUUAUAUAAUACACGCAUAACACAAAAUUAAUUAAUCAUAAAAAAAUAUCGUUUUAUUCUUCAUCACUCAAGAACUGGUGGUCAAAAUGGCGGAAAAGAAUGACUCGCCGGGUUCCACUUCAACUUCUACCGGACAUGAAAGUCAACCACUACUUUCAAGUUUUAUAACUGAAAUUGUAAAGAGUCCAAUAAAUCUUAUUUUAGUAGGCGUAAUUGCCCUUUUGGUUUAUAAAAUUGUUAAAAGUAAGACAAAGAUUGAAGAACCUGUGAAAGAAAUAAAAAAACUGCCACAAUUGCGUCGUGAUUUUACACUUGAAGAGUUAAAAAAAUAUAAUGGUAAAGGACCAGAUGGACGAAUAUUAAUUGCUAUAAAUGGUAGUAUUUAUGAUUGUACUUGUGGUGCCCAUUUUUAUGGUCCUGGUGCCCCAUAUGAAGUAUUUGGUGGAAAAGAUAUUAGUAGAGCCUUAGCAAAAUUUUCAUUGGAAACAUCACAGGAAUAUGAUGAUUUAAGUGAUUUGAAAACUGGAGAAAUGGAAUCUAUAAGAGAAUGGGAAGAACAAUUUAAAGAAAAAUAUGAUUAUGUAGGAAGAUUACUAAAACCUGGUGAAGCACCUACAAAUUAUUCAGAUGAGGAAGAUGAAGGUAGUCAACUUGAAAAUGAAACAAAGUCCAAGAAUGAUUGACUGUUUGAUUGCAUAUCAAAUGUUAAACAGUCAAAAGGAUAUUGCGCACACACCAUUGAAAGAACUCUUAAAAUUGUAGCUAAUGAACAUAUUUAUGAACAUUUAUCUGGAUAUUUUACUACAUCAUAAUGAUAAAAUAAAAAUUAAAAUGGUAU